GAGCUCUAAGGAUAAUGGGAUCUCAGCUACUCCACUGUUUCUUCUACUGUCACUCCUCCUCCAACUACUUUCCUUGAUUAGAUACUCUCUCUCUUUUUUUUUAUUUCUUCUUCCCAAAGAGAGACUUAGACUCUUUCUCAGCGUUUGUUUGUGGGGCUCACCUCUCUGUAGCUAAAUUUGGUUCCUUGAAGAGAUCAAAUGGGUUCGAGAUACGCAUCUCACCAGCUCAGCAAUGGGCUGUUUGUGUCUGGUAGACCAGAGCAACCCAAAGAAAAGCCUCCAACUAUGAGCUCAGUAGCUACACCCUACACCGGUGGUGAUAUCAAGAAAUCGGGAGAGCUAGGGAAGAUGUUUGACAUUCCCACAGAUGGGUCAAAGUCUAGGAAGUCUGGUCCCAUAACUGGAGGUUCUUCAAGAAGUGGACAGCAGCCUGGUCCGGGUGGGCCUAACGCAACUGGUCGUAUGUCUGGCUCUUUAGCUUCUGCUGGGUCGAACUCGAUGAAGAAAACAAACUCUGGACCUUUGUCUAAACACGGGGAGCCUUUAAAGAAAUCAUCUGGUCCUCAAUCUGGUGGUGUAACACGGCAAAACUCCGGUCCUAUUCCUAUACUCCCAACCACAGGUCUCAUCACAUCUGGUCCGAUCACUUCAGGCCCUUUGAACUCAUCUGGGGCUCCUAGGAAGAUCUCUGGUCCUCUAGACUAUUCUGGCUCGAUGAAGACACAUCAUCAUAACCCUUCUUCCGUUGUCCACAACCAGGCGGUAACUACACUUGGUCCUGAAGAUGACUUUUCCUGCAUGAAGAGCUUCCCUAAGCCUGUGCUGUGGCUUGUUAUACUUAUAUUUGUGAUGGGGUUUCUCGCUGGAGGCUUCAUUCUCGGAGCAGUUCACAAUGCUAUUCUCCUCAUUGUUGUGGCGGUCUUGUUCGCAGUUGUUGCUGCGCUGUUCUUUUGGAAUGUGUCUUGUGAACGACGUGGUAUCACUGAUUUCAUCGCUCGUUAUCCUGAUGCUGAUCUUAGAACUGCUAAAAACGGUCAAUACGUGAAGGUCACUGGGGUUGUCACCUGUGGUAACGUCCCGCUUGAGUCAUCCUUCCAUAGAGUUCCUAGGUGUGUUUACACGUCUACUUGUCUAUAUGAGUACCGUGGAUGGGGUUCAAAGCCAGCCAAUGCUUCACACCGCCGCUUCACAUGGGGACUGAGAUCAGCAGAGAGGCAUGUGGUGGACUUCUACAUCUCUGAUUUCCAGUCUGGUCUUAGAGCAUUGGUGAAGAGUGGAAACGGUGCAAAGGUAACACCUAUCGUUGAUGAUUCUGUUGUCAUAGACUUCAAGCCAGGAAGCGAGCAAGCGUCUCCAGAUUUCGUAAGGUGGUUGGGUCAGAAGAAUCUCUCCAAUGAUGAACGAGUAAUGCGGCUAAAAGAAGGGUAUAUCAAAGAAGGGAGCACAGUGAGUGUGAUAGGAGUGGUGCAGAGAAAUGAGAGCGUGCUGAUGAUAGUCCCAACGACAGAGCCAUUAGCUGCUGGUUGGCAAUGGAGUAAGUGCACGUUCCCGGCAAGCCUUGAAGGAAUUGUAUUGAGAUGCGAAGAUUCAUCAAACGUAGACGCCAUUCCCGUCUAG